UCUGCGUAUGAAUCAGUUCCAAAGGGAAGAUUCUGCCCGCCAUUUACCGGCAUUUUACUAAUUAAAGGUUAUACUAGUAGUGUACGGCUAGUGACACUAAACACCAGGCUCGCCGGCUUUAAACGAUUCAAAAAUUAUAGCAAAAACUUAAGAAAACCGAAUUAAAGCAAACGACCGAGAAACAUAUCUGCGGGUGGACCUAGUUGAUGUAGACACGUCAACGGUACUUUACGUCUAGCAGCUUCUUGAGAGCCAGUACCAUCAAUCGCAGGACCAGUAGCGCGUGAACCGCAAAAUUGCCCAAAAAAAUCGUUGUGCUGGUUAAAGCGUAAUAUCCAAAUUCUGAACGAUUUUUAAGGUACGUUUCUUACGGGUGAUCAGCUUCUUGAGCACGAAAAGAUCCACAGCGGCUGUGAACGAUAGAUAUAUCUAUCUACCUACCUAUGUAGUGUAUCUAUUUAGGUAGAAGUUUCGUGCCCUCCCCGUUUUGUACCUUACCGGUGUAGCCUGCUUUAAUCCACCCCCCCCGCGGUGGUGAGUAUAUGAUGCAGCAGCAUCCAUCGCGCACCCUUGUGUCGCCCCUGCUGAGCAGCGUGUUUUGCCAGUGCGAUACAGGUCCUAGUGCUGGCUGUAAUCCUGUCAUGGACCCCGGGGGUGGAGAACUUGAUUGUGAACCUUGUGGGGGGCUGAUCUGUGGUGGCCCCGACCAGGAUCGUCGACUUCAAAUCCUUUUCCAAGUUUUGGACGUGAACAAGGAUGGUGGUAUCUGUGUCAACGACUUGGCGGUUGGACUGAAGAGAUUAGGGCUUCAUCGGACCGAGAACGAGCUUUUGAAAAUCGUCAAAGCAGGUGAUAAAGAUCUCGAUGGUCAGCUGGAUUUUGAAGAAUUUGUCCAUUAUCUUAGAGAUCAUGAAAAGAAGCUAAGACUGGUAUUCAAGAGCCUCGACAAAAAAAAUGAUGGCCGGAUUGAUGCUCAAGAGAUCAUGCAGUCCCUCCGAGACCUGGGUGUUCAUAUUUCUGAGCAGCAAGCUGAAAAAAUCCUCAAGAGAAUAAGGACGGGCCACCAGUGGGGCCCUGUUGCAUACAUGGAUAAAAAUGGUACCAUGACAAUCGAUUGGAAUGAGUGGCGGGACUAUCAUCUUUUGCACCCAGCAGAUAACAUUCCUGAAAUCAUUCUUUAUUGGAAGCACUCCACGAUUUUUGAUGUAGGUGAGAAUCUAACUGUCCCAGAUGAAUUCACAGCAGAAGAAAAGCAAACAGGGAUGUGGUGGAGACACUUGGUUGCUGGAGGAGGUGCAGGUGCUGUAUCCCGAACAUGUACAGCUCCUUUGGAUAGACUGAAAGUACUCAUGCAGGUACAUGCUUCAAGAAGCAAUAAUAUGUGUAUCAUAGGUGGUUUUACGCAGAUGGUUAGAGAAGGAGGUCUCAGGUCAUUGUGGAGAGGCAAUGGCAUCAACGUAUUGAAGAUUGGUCCAGAGUCUGCAAUAAAAUUCAUGGCCUAUGAACAGAUCAAACGGCUGAUCUGCAAUGAGCAUGAGACACUUUGCAUUCAAGAGAGAUUUAUAGCUGGCUCACUUGCUGGGGCUAUUGCACAGAGCAGCAUCUACCCAAUGGAGGUUUUAAAGACAAGGUUAACUCUGCGAAAAACUGGACAGUAUGUUGGCAUGGUGGACUGUGCAAAGCAGAUAUUGCGGAAGGAAGGUGUAGCUGCAUUGUAUAAAGGUUAUAUUCCCAAUGUGCUGGGGAUUAUUCCAUAUGCUGGCAUUGACCUAGCUGUGUACGAGACCUUAAAGAACUCCUGGUUACAGCGCUAUGCCACCGACAGUGCAGAUCCUGGUGUCUUUGUUUUACUUGCGUGUGGCACAAUAUCCAGCACCUGUGGCCAGUUGGCUAGUUACCCCCUAGCUCUAGUUCGAACACGCAUGCAAGCACAAGCUUCUGUGGAAGGAUCACAACCUGUAACAAUGAAGGGACUGUUCAAGCAUAUUCUUAGAACAGAAGGUGCAUUUGGACUGUACAGAGGUUUGACACCUAACUUCAUGAAGGUGAUCCCUGCUGUUAGCAUCAGCUAUGUGGUCUAUGAAAAUCUAAAGAUGACCCUUGGUGUGCAGUCCCGAUGAUAUAAGAACUUGAGAGUUUAGGAUUGAAAUCUUGGGGUUUCCCUCAAGGUUUAGAAACUAUCAUUCUGUGAAUGUUGGAUGGUAAAAGCAUGACACUACAGUAAUCGAAGAGCUGGGAAUCCACAAAGAUGGAUGAAGAGAAAACACCUUAUUGAAUAUUAUGUGGAAGUAGCUGCUUGGCUUUUGAACUGAGCCCCUUUAAGUACCCAAUGGGUAGUGAAUUAUUAAACUGUGCAUCAAACAACUUGUGGACCAAAUGAGUAAAGCCUGCUCCUUGCCUGUUUUUUUUUUUUUUUUUUUGGUAAGACCGAUGUAAAUACCAACUGCAAGAAACAGUGAGAAAUGUAAUUGUGUUGGGGGCCUCUUGCCAAACCAAACAUACAUGUAGCUGUAUAUUAAAGGAGUACUUGAAGCGUUCUAGGAUUGCCUGUCAACCUGCACAACUUCCUGCUUUCAGUUUCUAACUGACAGUUUGCCUAAGACAAGGACUCUUUCACCAGUGUUUAUCAAGGCAGCACUAAGGACGUUAUUUGUUUUUGUCGUAAUUUUAACUUCAGUCUUAUUUUAUUGUGUGUUAAGUCUAGUCACAUAACUGAAAUUAUUUAUUGAAUAUUUAUUGUUUACAAAACAUAUUUUAUUUGUUUCAUGUGUAAUAUCAUUUGUCAGGAGAUGAGAAUGUGAGCUACAUGUGACCGAGAUGCUUUCUUCAAAUUUUGACUAUACCUUGUCAAAAUCUCCAUUCUGUGCAGGUUCGGCAUGGCAUGUAGAAUAUAUAGUGUGCAUAAGUGUCUUACAAAGGAUAAGUAAAUAUAAUUUAUUUUUCUAAGUAUGUCUUACAUUGCUAACCAGAUAUAUAUUUAUUAAUUCCGAAUACAGAAUAUGCCCCAUCAGUCGGUGGAAUGUGGAAAGACUGUGGUUUUUAGAUUAGUAAUAACCCCUUGUUUAGUAAGUAUAUGCUACAGAUGUCUGUCAUGGUGAGUGUUUGAAAAUAGCAGUAGGUGCGGGAAGAUAGUAGAAGCUCAGACAAUUAACUUACAGGAUAGAUUUAUGGUCUGUGUGUGUAUUUCUAACUGUCGUGGAUAGGGUUAAUUUUAUCAGGGUUGCUACCUGCUGUUUCCCAGGCUCUAAUUUUGAAGACUGUAGGAAUUUAGAUCUCUGGCAUAUGUUAGAAGCUGUGGUGGCUUGUUCUAACUGUAGCUUUUGAACAGUGCUAUGUAGAUGAACAUUGAGUGUUUGCAUUUUGUGUUAUUUCUGCUGGGUAUGGUUAAUCCCGCCAUGAUUUUGUUAUUACCAGAGAGCAUGUACCUGUUGUACUUUAUGAAUCCUAUUCCUACAAGCUGGAAGGCUUCCAAGAAAGCUAGACAUUUUAGCACAUUUUAUUGCUGUAGGUUAACAGCAAAUCUUACUGUGUGCAUAAGGUAAAGUUGAGCACUUACCAUACAUUCAGUGCUGUGGCAAUACAGUACUUCCAUAGAGCCAGAUUAAGGUUCCCAGAACUUUGACAUUCAUUCUAGAAUUAUGCAUGUUCAUUCCUUGCGGUACCAAAAAGUAAAUGUUUUUGAACUGUGCAGUUCUAGAGGAAAGCAGGCUGAUAUGCCAACACCCACAAUACAGGAUCUUCCUGUUUUAGUAAUUUUAUAAUUUCAAAAAUCCUUUAGCAGGGGCAUUUGACCUUUCUACAUUUGAAACUAGCCACUUUUGCAGCACAGUUACUCAGUGGUAAACUAGUCACUUUUGCAGCACAGUUACUCUGUGGAAUCUGUAUCUUUUUCCUGUGUCUGCAUGAGUUUUCUAUGGGUGCUCAGGUUUUCUUUUAGAUUGCAUAACUACUGACAAAAUGUCCUUGCCUUGUAGUUAAAUGGAAAUCUUAUUUGAACUAGCACCAUUUUUUUUCUUUAAACACGACUGUAACAAAACAGCUUUGCCUCUGAGCCAUUUCUUUCUGAUUGUGUGAUACUGCCUUCUAACCAUUGGUAUACAAUGAUCCUGUCAGAGGCUUCAUUACAGCUUGUACUGUGUUGUCAGUUUUUCAGACUUCCUUAUCUUGCAUGAAGGAAACUGUUUGGUCUUCAUUCUCAGGGUAGAUGAAAAGAUGGUCUCUUGCAAGUUGUGUUUGAUUGUGAUCUGGUAUGUUGAUUUGGAAGAUGUAAUGAGAGGAGGGACACAGACAUAAGUAUUAGCCAUUUUAAGAAGAAACUGAUAGUUUGCACUUUGAAUAUUUUAUUACAAAAAGACUGGUUACUGGAAAAAUGGUUCUGUACAAAAGCAAACCUUAGUCUUUAAUUAAGCCAAGUAAAUGGGGGUAUCAAUGUUUUAAUUUAAAAAUCAGUAUAUUAUUACUAUGGCUUAAGUUCUAGUGGUGGUGACCUGUAUUGUACAAAGAUGGAAACAUCUGCACUUGUUAGAGAAUGGACCUUAGUGGCAUCUGUCCUGGUGAUUAGCAAGUCCUCCUUGUGUUGUUCCUUGUAGGGUUAAGUGCAUUUUAAGACUUCUUUGCAAAUUUUGAAUCCUGAACUGCACAGUGAGAACUCUUUAAGUAAUUUAUAAUCCUUAAUUUCUCCAUUGAUAUAUCUGUCUGUCCCUGGUGAUUUCAUACUGUUGUUCAGAUAUUGAUCUUUCUGCCACAUUGACAGUAACCAGCAGGUCCAUUUGUUUUACUUCUGUGAAUAGAAUCUGGUAGUCUGUGUUUUAGUUGGACCCCGUGUUUAUGAGGCCCUGAAACUUCACCGAAUGUUUAAAGAACACAAGUUUGAAAGUUGAGUGCCGAGUUCUGUAUAAACUCAUACAUAAAAGUUUUACUGACAUGAAUUUGUAUGUGUAUUCCUUUCUUUGCUUACAAAGGAUUCCACACAGUUGAACAUUUCAUGUGUUCUCUAUAUAAGAUGAGUGGAUAAUGUGAAGGUAACUCAUGAGUACCAUUAUUGCUUGCCAAAAAUGUUGAAUGCAAGUCUAGCAACAAUCAAUGCAAAAAAGGCAUUUCUGUGUGGGGAAUGUUACCUUUAUGGGAACAGUCUUCAAAAUAAAAUGUUCACCAUAAUCAUAA